AGGUAACUAGAAUUUGUUUUUUUAUGCAUUUUGUCUGCGAAACCCUGCAACUAGAAUCAGGAUAAAACAUUGAGCACAUUAAAUGUUGUUGUAUUGUCUUAACGUUCUUCUUCUGUUUGUGUUUGCUGGCGUCAGUAGCUCAAGGCCGUUACCAGACUCUAUACGUCACCAGCUUCAUCCACAACUACCGACAGGAGCUCGCUAGAUACCCUGCUUUGACUACAGGUACACAGCAACUGCAAGCAAUAUACAAUAUUAGUAGCAUUCGUGCUUGAAGAAAUAAUUUUGAACACAUAUCUUUGGCUGUAGGUACACAACAAGUACAACCAAUAUACAAUAUUAGUAGGAUCCAUGCUUGAGGAAAUACUUUUUGAACACAUAUCUUUGGCUAUAGCAAGUGCAUAGCAAUAUACAACACUGUUGCUCCACCAAUAGUUCUGAUUCUAUCUGACCACAGGGACUCUAGCUCUCACAGAGCUCUAGUUACACUAAAAAUUGACCGUCAAAAUUAGACUAUAUUUGAAAGAUAGGCACCUAACAAGUAUUUAAAUAUUGGAACUCCGGUGAUCUUGGGGAGCAUUUUUGAGAAAUUGUGCGAGACAAAGAUGGAUAGAGGAUCGGCACAGAAGGCGAGAGAGUCGUUGGAUUUGGUGUUUUCCAUGUCAAAUUUUCUGCAGACUGGACUCGAUCGGCACAGCCUGGCGAUUCUCAUUGCACUCACCGAACAAGGAGUUAACCCCGAAGCACUCGCUGCUGUUGUGAAGGAGCUGCGCAGGGAAGCCGCCGCCAUCAACCAACAUUCUUCUUCUUCCUCUUAACCCAAGGAAUAUUAAAGUACACAGAGCCGGAGAUAGAACAGCUCACAAAACAGUUCAAUUCUUUUUCACCACAAUUGUUAGAUGUACAAAAGAACUGGUGACCAUGGAAAUUUAAAUCUAGCUAGUAUGUUACCGUCUUAUCUAUAUCCUUCUUAUCAGGCCAUUUGAAAUUAAUGUAAAUCGUGAGAUAUCUGUCAUGCCUGGCAACUUUCACAAUUACUAGUUUUGUAAGUUUAUAUUGAUUUUCCCUAUGUUUUAACAUAAGGUUUGUGUGUUUUCUUAGCAUAAAAGUAAUUUAAGGGGGAUUUUUCUUGCAUU